AUGAAUUUCCAAGCCCUUAAUAAAAGCCCAAAAGACCAAACUGUUUUAAUCCAAAGUCAUACAGCAGAUGCCCAUAUCCAAGUUCCUCAGACCAUUAAGUGGUCAGAAGUUGCCCUUCCAAAAGAUUGGACCCUAGUCACCGAGAGCCAACCAGUUCCAAUACAGCGUAGUCUAAAUAAUUUAGAUCAUAUCCAACAGUAUCUAGAUGGUAUAGUAAAAAUUAAAUUUGAAAAUCAGCCCCUGAAGAAGUCUAAUUUCCAGUUACAACAGUUGCCGACCCCUGGUCAAUCUCAAAGGCAUGCUCUUGCUAGGCGCUCCUUUGCAGCCUCGUCCUCCACUUUAGAACGAGACCUAGAGUUAGAAAAGGCCAUGAUUGAUUUCAAACUUGAGUCCUUGAGAAAAUCCUCUCAGGUAAACCAACCUUGUUAUGGCAAGGUACCAAUCCAAGAUGACAAGUCCGAUUCACCUGAGUCACCUACACAAUCUGACUUAUUAGUUGAAAAUUUUGCAGCAGUUGAUAAUCAACUUAGAACCCUUAAUAAAAAAUUUGAGAUUAAUUGGAAACGCUUAAAUCAUCAUCUCAAGACCCCAGAAAAUCAGCAUAGGAGAAAUAGUUGUCACCAAGCUUACCCUAAUAGUGAAAGCCGUCAAAAAAUCUUUAAUGAAUGGAAAGAUUAUAUGCGGUUAGCCAAAGUUGAAAUUUUCUACCUUGAUUUUAUUGAAAGCCGCUACAUGUCUAAUGAGUUAAAAACUCUAACUAAAGAAAAAUGA